CUGUGACCCAGAAAGAAAUCCAGACGGUGGGAUGAGCGGAAGAUCUGCCGAAAUUUAAUAUUGGAUUUUGGGCAGAAAAUAAUAAAAAAAAUAAAAAAAGAGCUGUCCGGGGAUGUGUUUCCGGUGAUGCAUUCUUUGUUGCAUAUCCUUCCGUGGAGUCAAGUGGUACGUACUGUUGUUGGCCUCGCUGUAUAUUAACCCUUUCUUCCUUCUAUUGUCUUCUUCCCUCACCACUCUUCUCUACUACAUACUCUUACCUUAGUAUCCUACUGAGUAGAAUACUACUAUCACAAUGUUUCCCUUCCUUCCCUGGUCUUGCAAGACCAACAUGCGCUCCUCUCCCAGUGUGCCCACCGCCAGCAUUGAAAAUAGCUUCGGCUCUAGCUUCUCCAUGCCAUCUCCUCCUACUUCUAUGGCCACUAUGGCUACCACCACUACCACUGCGACUGCUACUUCCACUCUUGCCGGCCUCUCUCCCAGAAAGUCAUCCUACACUUCCUACGGCCAAAGCAGCUCUUCUUCUUGCGCCUUCCCCUCCUGGCCAAACCGCCCCUCUCUGGUCUGCAGCGACCCAGACCAAUCUACCUCUUCCUCAGCAAUGAACAACACCAGCCCCUCCACUCCCAGCGCCUACAUCUCCGACGAAGAACUCCUCGACACACCGCUCUCCUCGCCAUCCGAGGAACUAGGCGACGACAAGCAGAGCCUGGACCCCACCCUCAUGAGCAUGAGCUACACCACCGAACAGCGUAUCAGGAAUAUGCGCGAAAUGGCCGAGGAGGAAGAGGGGCGCACCCGAUUCCUCGCCCAGGUCCAGGCCCAUGCCCGCGCUCAGCAAGCCAUGCGGCUGCAGAAGCCUCAGUCACAGCUACCGGUGACCACGACGACGACGACUACGACGACGAAUCAAAUGGCCACGGGCCCGGCGAUGAGCACGAUAGCGGCACGUCGGAAGCGCAGGACGGUUGUGCCCGUCGGAAAGAAACGGCGGGCGACGUCUUCGUCAUCUUCGAACAAGUGUUAUCCGCGAGUUUGAUUUUUCACUACAUUUUUUCGCCCUUCUAUCCACAGUUGCGGUGGACGAUGCUCCGCGGCGAUCCAAGCGUAUCAAACCGGGUACAAGAUUCCGGUUGGUUGUUUCGAUCUGUCGGUCAGGAGGCCUGCAGCUCUGCUUACAUUCGACGGCCGUUCGAGAACGAUGAGCAAUGAGGGGCAAUUCCUUCUGCAUGUGCUUGUCAGCUGCUCUUGGUUUUCCGACUUUCCUCAGGGAAAGGGAAUUCCGCACCGGCUGCAGCGCCUGAACUCAAUGCCGUGCUCUCUUUUGAUGCCCGAUGAAUAUCCGGAAGAUCCGAUGACUAACUCUCUCUCUCGGUGGAAGACCGAAAGUGAGAGUCAGGGAUUUUACCGCUAGUUGUGACUCACUAUUUUUUUUUU